AUGCCCCAUCCAAACAGCCCACUGCCCCAUCAAAAAAAAAAAACACUGCCCCACCCACAACAGCCCACUGCCCCACCCAAAACCCACUGCCCCACCCAAACAGCCCACUUCCCUACCCACAACAGCCCACUGCCCUACCAAACAGCCCACAGCCCUACCCACAACAGCCCACUGCCCUACCAAACAGCCCACAGCCCUACCCACAACAACCCACUGCCCUACCAACAUAGCCCACAGCCCUACCCACAACAACCCACUGCCCUACCAACACAGCCCACUGCCCUACCCACAACAGCCCACUGCCCUACCAAACAGCCCACAGCCCUAUCCACAACAACCCACUGCCCUACCAACAUAGCCCACAGCCCUACCCACAACAGCCCACUGCCCUACCCACAACAACCCACUGCCCUACCAACAGCCCACAGCCCUACCCACAACAACCCACUGCCCUACCAACACAGCCCACUGCCCUACCCACAACAACCCACUGCCCUACCAACACAGCCCACUGCCCUACCCACAACAACCCACUGCCUACCAACACAGCCCACAGCCCUACCCACAACAACCCACUGCCUACCAACACAGCCCACAGCCCUACCCACAACAACCCACUGCCCUACCAACACAGCCCACUGCCCUACCCACAACAACCCACUGCCCUACCAACACAGCCCACUGCCCUACCCACAACAACCCACUGCCCUACCAACACAACCCACUGCCCUACCCACAACAACCCACUGCCCUACCAACACAGCCCACUGCCCUACCCACAACAACCCACUGCCCUACCCACAACAACCCACUGCCCUACCAACACAGCCCACAGCCCUACCCACAACAACCCACUGCCCUACCAAACAGCCCACUGCCCCACCAAAACAGCAAUACAAACUAAAGACAGAAAACAGGACGAAGCCCUGA